AUAGUGCGUUUGAUUUGGUGGCAUUUUUAAUGAAAAUAUUUUAAGACAAUUAAACAAAUUUAAAACUUUUCUUUUCGCCGAAGGACAACCGAAUAAUCGAAGCGUGUGUAUUGAAAGUAUGAUGUGAAUUCGCCCUCCCCGUCUGGUCGAUUUAACGAAUUAAAGGUGCAGCGACGCCAUUUUUAUUAUAAUCUGUCAAAUCCGCACAAGGUCAAGUGUCUCUUGACUGACCAAUAUGGGCAUACAUGCAAGCGCUUACAUGAGGGUGUGAGGACCAGAAUGUAAGAGCACCAUCCGAACAAUACUGGGAUCAUGCAAGGAUCCAAAAAGAUACCUAUCAAUGAUCUCAACCCGCAUAUAACGUGCCAGAUCUGCAGUGGUUAUUUCAUAGAUGCCACGACCAUCACCGAGUGUUUACAUACGUUUUGCAGGAGCUGCAUAGUCAAGUAUUUGGAGAGUAACAAGUACUGUCCCGUUUGCGAUGUGCAGGUUCACAAGACGAAACCGUUGCUUAACAUCAGGGCGGAUAAAACUAUACAGGACAUCGUCUACAAACUGGUUCCAAGACUCUUUCAAAAUGAGAUGCAGAGGCGGCGGGACUUCUACGAAAGUCACCCCGAGGGGAAACCCUCCAGCUUGGAGAUGUGCGGCGAGGCAGCUUAUCAGCACCUAUUAACGCCCGAGGAGAGCGUUUGUUUGACAUUAAAUUAUCAUGGGUCGAACGGUACACCGAGGUAUCUUAGAUGUCCUGCUGCGGUGUCGCUCGGCCACUUGAAGAAGCUGAUCAGGGCGAAGUACGAUCUAACGGAAAACCAUAGGGUCGAGAUUUUGUACAACCAGGAUUGCCUUAACUCUUUCUUGACCCUCAUGGAUGUAGCGUAUAUUUACAUGUGGAAAAGAAAAGGCCCCUUGGAGCUCACCUACAGGAUCUACGAGUGUUCGGCCAAGAAGCUGAAGCUGGAACCGGAACAGGCGGAGUCGGCGCAGGCCAACAUCAACAACAACAACUGGAAGGAGGUGCAGCUGAGGAUAAGCGAGACGGGAGAGAUGUCGAUCAUCCAGGACGCGGCGCUCAGCCCCUCGAUCCUCGAAAUUGUAAAUAGUGAUCAGCAAAAGUACAAAAACGAGGUCGUGACGGUGGUCGAGUCGAAAUCUGCCGGUAAGGGCGCCCCUCCCAAGAAGGAACUGCCCGGGUUGAAGUAUAUCGGGAAGAACGCGAACGUUCCGACGCCCCCUGUUCCCGUUACAUCCCCGAAGACCGUCGAAAGUGACGUUAAGUUGAACGAUGUCUCGGCGGGUUCGGUCACUUCCGAGAACGCCCCCGCGUGUGCCCCACAGGAGAGCCUGAGAUUGGAGACCAGUUCGGUGGACGUGACGGCGCCGAGUUUUCUCUCGAGCUGCGCCACGUUGUCUUCCGGCACCACCACGAUGGUCUUCAGCACCAUAAACAGCACCAAGUGCAGCACGAAGAGCGACGAAGCCCCCAAGAGCGAGCCGGCGAGGGUUGAAGCGGCGAAAACCGAUAAAGUCGUGGCGAUCGAGCCUCCUAGGAGCGAGGCGCCAAAAUCUCCUUCGGUCGUGAAUAAUGUCGGCGAUAGGAGCCUGAAGCGUAAGGGCGAAGCGGCGACGGAGGUGGAGCCGCCCGCCAAGCUCCCAAAACCUACGAUUCUGAACCACUCGUUGGGGUUGUUGAACCUCUCCAACAACCACCCGCUGAAGAAGCACUCCAAGUUGAACAGGAACGGGGAGAACGUCAAAGAGAUUGUACUUAGGGCUUCUACUCCCGCCAUGGAUCCGGCAGUGUCAGUCUCCCCCUUACCCAUGACCAAACCCCCGACGACCACCACCACCAAAACGGUCACGGCGACCACCACGACGGACUCGACCUUCUCCAAACCGAGUCUCAUCAACAAGAACCUGACCGCCGCGCAACUGACCAGGCCCGGCACCCCCAUCGCCACCACCAAGCCUUCCAUCAUGUCCACGAAACCGUCGUCUAUCAUUCCACCGAAGCCCCCGAUCAGCGUCUACUCGAGCUGCACCGUCAAGUCGCCCUGCUACAUGCCGAAGACGACGUACAAUCCCAUAAUCAAUGUCCCGAAGCCCGUGACGAGCACCAGCAUCGUAAAAAACGAGACGAAACCGCCUAAGAAUGACGCCAAGACGCCAGCCGGUUCUUCCAUGCCCAAAAUCGAUGGGAAGUGCGGGAAUGCCGCGACGUCGCAGCAGCAAAUCAUCAAUUUGAACAAUAAGAUGGGCGUUAAGUCGAAGCCGAGUUCGCCGAUCGGGUAUAAGACGUUGCGAGACCCGCCGAAGAGUUGGAAUUCCCAGAUAUCGAAAGCGAACAUCAACAAGCCGUCGCCGGAUCCCAAAUAUUCUGAGCUGAAGAACGUGAGGCCGGCCAAGUUCUUCAAGAUGCGGAACAACAUGCCGCGGUACCUGGGAAAUCCGGCGUCCGGCGUGAAGCCGAUGUACCAGGUCCACAUCAGUCCCGAGAAGGACAAAGGGCAAGAGACCAACAAGUCGGAGAAGAGCGAGAUCCGCAAGCACUCCAUCGUCAAAAUCGACCCCAAAACCCUGAAACCGAUCUCCGAAAAGGCUCCCGAGACCACCAGCCUGAGCAACCACAGCUCCAACGCCAACCAGAUCUUGUCCAAUCACAAUCUCACCAGCCAGGCGUAUCAGAACUUGAACAGCGCCGUCGCCGCCAACCAGUCCCUUCAGAAUUCCAACCUCGGCCUGAGCGGUCAGAGCAUGGGCGGCUCCAACCAGACGGACCUGAAGAUCAACGCUAGUUCCGUGUCGAUAUUCAACCCCCUGAAGCUGCAGAGCUCGCCGAAGAACGAGCGGAAGUCGCCGAAGAGCCCCCACUCGCCCAAACUCAAGGCGCAGGCUACCAGCUCCCCGACGGGCAGCAAGAGGGACAAGGUCAACCUCAACUUCACGCCGCCCAACCCCUUCGUGCCCAAUCUCACUUCGCCGACGAUGAGCCCCAACCAGUUCCUGUACCCGCCGGGACCCCCUGGUUUCCCCUCAUACGACCCGCGCAUGAUGGCCGCCUACCACAGCCUGUGGUACGGCCAGAGGAUGGGCUUCCCCGCCUCGCCGAUACCCCGGCUCAGCCUGGACCUCAACCAGCAGCGGAAGAACUUCGAGAUGAUGCCUUCCCCCACCAGCCCCAAGAUGGCGGGGAUGAGCCAGCAGGGGCAUAGUCCGCAGAUUUCUACGAAAAUGACGUCUACAACAUCCUCGAGCGUCGCUUCCCCUACCAAGACGCAGAGUCUGCUACCUUCUGCCGCCCCAAAGUCCAGCUUACCCUCUAAAAAAUCCUCUAAAGAGUCGAAAGGGGAGAAGAGUCUCGAGACGACCGUCGAAAAGCUGACUCAAAGUCGGAACAAGGAGAUAAGCGGGAAGAGCGAGCAGGCGCACAGCGCGGCGAAGGAAAAGACGAAGAGGCUAGAGAGUCACGAGGUGCGAAAAGGGAACGAGACGCCCGGGGAGACAACCUCGGGAAGGGCAGAGUCGAAGGCGAAAGAAAACGAAACCAGCGAAAGCAAUUCCUCUUCUUCUUCCUCGACAAUAGCGGCCGCCGCUCCAGUUGAGGAGAAAACGAAGCCGCCGGGUGACCAGAGACAAUCGGAGGAGGUGAAAUCUAGUGAGAGUCCGGGGAAGACGGAAGGGGACUGUGACGCCGUCGCAAAGAAGUCGCCUAGCGAGGAGGCGGCGGGGUCGUCGGUGAGGAGCAAGGAUCUUAGUAAUAAUGUUAAUAAUGUAAAGAAUAGCGAUGAGGUAGUCGAGGGGGGUAAAUGAUUUUUUUGUUAAGUUAUCGCGUAGUUUUGGGUUCUCUUUUUUUUGUGGUGUUUCCGGGCAAUGGGAGGUCCCGAAAAAGUACUUGCACGGAUAGACGUCAAUUGUUUCCCAUAAAAACCUGUAAAAAUCAAAAAAUCGGAAAGUUUCCCUUUAUUUUGACAGAUAUUUGCGUGUACGUGUGUAGUAGGCCAUGUUUAAAACAGUCGCAUCCACUUACUUUGAUUCGCUUGUUUUAGAUCAUGGCCAACUCGAAUGCUGAGUCAAAAUAAUAGUAAAACGUACCAGUUAUCGUGUUUAGGAAAUUUUUUUUUAAAGUACUGGAAUAGCUGGUGCAAAAUCGUCCUAAGAGGUUCGGAAAAAGUACUAGAAAAAAAAAUUUUGCAGUUCUGAAGCAGAUAGUUUCCGUUCAACGAAAUCUUUUCACGAAUCUAGUCGGCUGUGAGAAUUUACUGAAAACAAUCGGGAGUAAGUAUUUUGACAGCAAAGCGGUUGUUACGGUGACGAUUCGUCACGGCCUACUAUAUCGAGUGAUAUCAGAUGUCACUAUAAUUGAGGAUAAUUGUGUCAAAUGUCACAGUUAAAUGCCAAUAUUGAGCCAAAAACGAAAAAAAAAAAUGGGAUAUUUUUCGAAAUGCGUUUCUGCACCGAACUAUUUUUAAUUUCUGGCGGGUAGCGGUUGCUAUAACCUAAAAAUUAUUAUUAGCCGAUGAGUAGGAUUAUUUUAUUUGUUAAUUUGUUUUGUUUAAAUCAAAAUAAAGAAGUUAUUCUUAUCGGAUUGCUUUAAAAGAAGAGAUUUGGUUCUGCGCAUAAAAAAAGUUAAAAUCGCUAAAAAUUCCCAAUGUUUAUGGCGAAAGCUCGUUUCUGAAUUAUCUGUUAUAUUUUUUUUUUCUACUGGUAAAGAGUUGUUCGAUUUUGAAAAAUGCCCUGUUUUUGGUUAAUUGGCGGGAAAUUUGAAAAUUUAAAGAAGUUUUUGAGAAAGCCGAUUUAUAUGAAAAGUUAUCGUAAAAUUUUAUGAACGGGAGUUGUUUAGAAUGAAACUUUAUGAUGUCGUACCAGUUUUGGAAGUGGCUGGAAAAAAUCGGUGAAUUACAAAUUUUUUUUAAUAAUAUUAUUUUUAUUCCUCAAAGAGUAAGUUUUGCUGCCUCAGGUUAAAUCAAAAUAAAUACACUGUUUAAAAAAAAAAAUUUGCCAUAUUUGGAUUAUUUUUGGGACGAAUUAAUAAAAACCAAUUUUUUUUUUUUGCUGUCCACAGUGGUAGAUUUAUUUAAUAUCAUUAAAUAGUAGUGAGUUUGUACGAAUUGUAAAAAUUUUACAAAAAACCGUUUAUAUAAAACUUGCGAAACAACGAAAAUAGAAAAUAUACCGACAUACUUACUCUUAUUACGGUCCUUAAAAAAAUUGUUCAAAAUUGCCGGAAUUGAUGGACACAAUCUCCCUCAUUCUAAAUACGAGGUAGAACACCCGUGAAGCAAAAAUCUGCACAACUAACUUUAUAAGCGUUUUUUUACUCUCCCCGUCUAAGUUCUUCCUCGUUAUUCCCUUUUACAUUGCGACAAACUAAAUUUCUCAAACAGCCUCGUAAAAAAACGAUCAGUUCUUAUUUAUUACAAUUUCUCGCUCAGCUUCAGCCGUUUCCGGUAGUUCUGGUUCCUCAUUGCUCCUUGAAACAACCCAUAUCGUAGUUAACACCACAUUUACGGUGCCAGACGAUUUCUUAAUGGAUAUCUAUCCGUGAGCGUAUAAACGAGAUGCCGCGGAUGCACUUUGUCCACACUCCCCGUAAAUUAAAAGCAUGUAACUGUGUAAAUUUCCUUAUGUCUUGAUUUUUUCUUGUGGAAAUCAUGUUUCGUAACCUCAAGUAUUGCGUCCAAAGCAGAAUUUGUUUCGACACUUGCUUUUUCUGAAUCUUGCCAUUUUUCAAAUGUCUGGUACUUAAGUUCUUGUUAUGCCGUUGAUUUCGCAGGGACUAGACUUGCAUCAUCCCAUUUGCAGCUGUAAAUCCAAAGGCAAAUUUUCUCCGGAUUCUUCGGAUAUUUUUGAAAAAUAGUUUUCCUGUAAGUUCUGUCUCAAAUUUAAUUAUUUGACAGUAUCAAGGCAACAGGAAGUUUGAGCUUGCAUUUAGAAAUAAUUUUCGUGAUUUCUGUCACAUAAUUUUCUUUCUUGGAUCGUUUUAUGAAAAGAAAUUUUCAUACAAUAUUUGUUUUGUAAAUUUUUAUUAUGACACUCAAUAUAUUGUCAAACUAAUAUGAAUUUUUACAUUGUCAUAAAUAUUAAAAAAAAUUUUUUUUAUCCGGUUACUUCCAAAAUGGCAUAAAGUUUGGUAAUAAAUAACUAUAACUUCUUAAUAACGCUUUGCGAUAUCUUUCUUUUCGUGCAAAUUGACCUUUGCCACGUUUAAAUUUUGUUUAAAUCCUCCACCUGUGACGAACCGCACUGUUUGACGUUUUUUUCGAGUUUCUAGCGAUGCAAAGACGAUCGCUUACAUACUAAAACCUAAUAAGAAAUAUCUUUCCCACAUAUGCCGUACUUUUUCCCUUACUGUAAAAUAUCUGUCAAAACCGUUAAUCGAUAUUUUUGUAAAAAAUUCCAAGCAGGUACGUUUUCGUCCUCCCGUCGGAGAAGGUUAUUUUUGCAUUUUAUUUAUUUCAGUGACCUACCGUUCGGGUAUUUUCGUUCCUUUUGGGGAAGUUUUUCAAAAAAGUGCCUACUCCUUUACAUUACAGAGGGUCGACGACGGUUUUUCCGUUUCUUUUUUUCGUGACGUAGCAGCUAUGAGGUGCCUUUUUGAAAAUUUAUUUCGUAGUCCUCAGCGUGUGUGCCCUAUAGGGAGCCCAAAAAAAAAGUAAAUAAAAAUUAACAAUAGAAAUUCCUCCACCACUUCUAAAUACUCUCUGCUUUAAUAGACUAGGUAAAAAUGAGGUUUUCUGUUCUUUCUUGCGUAUAAGAGGAAAUGUAGGUAGAUGUGCAUAUUUUUUACUGAUCCUUACCUUCUGUUAAGUCAUUUCGUUAAAAGUCUACACGCAUCGUCCAUUUUUUAUUAUGAAUCCGAGCGUUUUUCAGAAUUUUCGCCUACCAGCGGUUCUCAACAUUUUUAUCGUGAAAUAUCCCACGAAGUGACCGAAAUAGCCCCUCACUCUUAUUUUGUGAGACGAAAUCUGCGACCAAGUCAAUAUUAUGUCGAGGAACAGUUUGGAUAAUUUCUAUAAAAAAAGUUUUGGAACCGCUGCAUUACGGAAAAAAUACUACGAAAUCAGUUUGCAGAUGACUUUUUUGACUCACGUUCAUAAAAAUAAUUACUGACAGUUAUUCGUGCUCGUUAAUGGCUAAUAACCGUUUCGUUUGUUAGAUGGCAGCACUGUCAAGAGUGUACAUCUUGUUUCAAGAAUCCUCGGUGUGAAAAUUUUAAGUAGUAUUUAACGAUAUUGAAACAAUAUUAUUUCUAAAUAAUUUUUGAUUCAUGGAAACUUGAAAAAAUCAUUUCGUACCUUUGGAUGUAGGGGGUUAUAUAACCUCAAAGUUGAGUGAGGCGAUUUCUUUUCUAAAUUUGAUACGUUUAUUGGUGAUAACAAAUUACAUGUACGAAAAAAAAUGAGCCUUAAAGGACUUAAGGAGGCUCUAUAGCAAAUAGGCAACCACCAAUACAUUUUUGUAGAUUUUAUUACAUAGUUUGCCUAAAUAUGAAUCAUUGCACAAAUAACAAAGUUUCCUCCAU